AUGGCUCAAAAACUAUGGAUUAGAACAAGGCUUCGCAAUUACAAUCACUCACAGCGAAAAGGAUAAAAAGGAUGGACUGCCCCGGUGGCGUAUUUACGCAUGUACAAGAGGCCAAAAAUAUAUGCCAAGAAAGGAAGCACACACGGAAGAGAGCCGUAAUGCAGAACAUAAUACUGGUAACUGCCAAUUUCGUGUUAAUACCUACUGCCGGAAGAACGACAAUCUAGUUUAUAUCACAAAAGUUGAAAACCAGUAUAAUCACAAACUUGUUGAAACCAUCGCCGCUCUCGCGCCCAGUUAUCAAAAGUUCACUCCAGAAAUGCAAGAGGAUGUUAGAUUACUUGCAACAUGUGGUGUGCGCUCCGGUGCAAUUAUUGAAGUGCUACGACAUAAAAAUUCAGGAAAGUACAUCCACGAUCGUGACAUUUAUAAUUUGAUUAAUUCCAUUCGCCACGAAAAAAAUCAAGAUAAAAGUGAUGCUGGCUCAAUAUACCUUAAUCUAAUGAAACAACAGCAGGAAAAUUCAUCGUUCUACGUCGAUGCACAGUUUAAAGGCCAAGAAAAUCGUCUUGUACGGCUUUGCUGGAUGCGCCCGAGUCAACAAGAAUU